AAUUGACCCAAUUGACAAGUGACAUUGACAGAUGACAAGUUAUCGUUUAUCAUACCUUGUUAAUUUUGUUAACUUGUUUCUUUUGUAAUACACGGUUUAAUAGCACAUAAAAUCUUUGUUAAUUAAUCAGUUAAUAACUAUUGCCACUUGUAGUAAUUUAUUAUGGCAUCAAAAGUUACGUUCAAAAUUACUUUAACAUCUGAUCCUAAACUCCCAUUUAAAGUUUUGAGUGUCCCAGAGGCUACACCAUUUACGGCAGUACUUAAGUUUGCAGCUGAGGAAUUUAAGGUGCCUCCAGCAACUUCUGCAAUUAUUACUGAUGAUGGAAUUGGUAUUAAUCCACAGCAGACUGCUGGCAAUGUAUUCUUGAAACAUGGAUCUGAAUUAAGGCUAAUUCCAAGAGACAGAGUGGGUUUUAUGUGUUAGUAAUAAUGUAAUAAUGUACAAACAUAAUGUUAUUUUGUAUUGAAUUG